CUAAAAUUCACCUAGACGCACGAAAAAUUGACCAUCUUUCGUCAUACCUCCUUGCAAGUUUGCCACCAAAAAUCAUAGUGAGUCAUGCUCAUCAAAGAAUUCCGAAUCCCAAUGCCGCUGUCCGUUGAGGAAUACCAAUACGGUCAGUUGUAUGCAUUCUCCGUGGAAAGUUUGAACAACACUGGUGGCGGAGAAGGAAUAGAAGUCCUUCGAUCGGAGCCGUUCAAAGAUGUUCUUCUCAACAACAAACGUCACAGUGGCCAGUACACCUACAAAAUUUACCACAUGGGCAGCAAAGCGCCAGGAUUCAUGAAGCAUUUAAUGCCUAAAGGAAGUUUUGAAUUUCACGAGGAGUCUUGGAACGCUUAUCCCUAUUCUAAAACUGUUAUCUCGAACCCAAAAUUUAUGAAGGAAAACUUUCAACUAGUUAUCGAAUCAAUUCAUCACGCCGGUGGACCUGAUGUUGAUAAUAUUUUGGAUCUAUCUGAAGAAAUGUUGAAAUUGAGAGAAGUUGUUCACGUCGAUAUCGCCAACGACAAAAUAUCUUCAAAAGACUACAAGGCCGAUCUCGAUCCUACUAUCUUUCGUUCGAAAAAAACAGGACGAGGACCCUUAACUGGUUCAUGGCUGAAAUCGGUAAACAAGAAUUCAUUGAUGACUUGCUAUAAGUUAGUAACAGUAGAGUUCAAAUGGUUCGGACUUCAGGGACGAGUAGAAAAUCACAUUAUGAACACAGAGCAAAGAAUCUUUAAUCUCUUUCACCGUCAGAUUUUCUGUUUACUGGAUGAGUGGUGCAACAUGAGUAUGGAAGAUAUCCGCAAAUUUGAAGACAAAGUCAAAGAGGAAUUAGACAAGCAACUGAAAUAUGGGGAACCUCGAGGAAUGACAGCAGAGUAAACAGACGUUUUUUAAAUGAAUGCGCGCUGUUACUGUUAAUGUUGAAUCGAAUUUUAUUGAUCCCAGUCAAAGACACUAACUGUCUGUGUUGUAUCAUUUCUUUUAAAUUGCAUACUUGUUACUUUUACUUUCAUGUAAGUAGAUCGAUACAGAAUUAUUGUGGA